UAUAAAGAAUUUUAAGGAAAGAAGUAAAAGAAAAAAAGAAAAAAAAAUCCUUUCCUAACCAACUGUUUUAAUGGCGACUACUGAUCACCACCUCAAAGAUUCAUCAAGCUCAUCACCAUCAUCAGUUGUGGUAGUGAUGGUUCCAUUAUUAGCUCAAAGCCAUCUCAACCACCUCCUUCAACUCUCCCAUGUCGUUUCCUCAUACAACAUCCCUGUCCACUACGUUAGCUCUACUCUCCACAAUUCUCAAGUCAAGUCUCGAUCCAUAAACCCUCUUAGAGAAUUAACAAAAAUCCAUUUUCAUAACUUCCCAUUAAUCCGAACUACACCAUUCCCACCCAACGUCUGCUCCGGAACAAAGUUAUCCGAAACCAUCAAGCUCCUCCGCGAGCCAGUCGCUGCACUUCUCCGAUCACUCUCUUCAAACGUGAAACGACUUGUCGUUGUUCACGAUGCUCUGAUGACAUCAGUGGUUCAAGAUUUUGUUUCUCUACCAAACGCAGAAGCCUAUGCUGUCAAUUGUGGCUCUGUUUUCCCAAUGUUCACCUACGCGUUCGCUGCCAUAGGACAGUACGACAUCAUCCCAAUAAAGAAUAUUCCCUCUGUGGAAUCUUGUUACACUCAUGAGUUCUAUGAAUUUAUAAAACGUGAGUUUAAACAGAUGAAAAGUCAGGUUGGUCAGCUCCACAACUCUUGUAAGGCUAUCGAAGGCUCUUUUCUUGAACAUGUAGCAAACUACGUACUCAAAGGAGAGUAGAAGAUCUGGGAUGAUGACAAGUACUUACUGGAGUGGUUAGACAAACAAGAGCUCAACAGUGUCUUGUAUGUAUCUUUUGGAACAACUACUACUUUUUC